AUGGGGAUCACCUGGUACCUCCAGCGACUGUCGCGAAAGCCGGCCGCCUUCGCCCUCACUGUCGUGCGGCGGCGCUGCUUUGCGGCCGGCGGGGCGGCCCCACCGCAAGAUGGCGGCGCCGGCGGAGGAGGCCCCCGAGACGAUGGCGGGGCGGCGGGGGCGGCGUCCGAGGGGAGCCCCCAGGACCGGCAGACGCUGCUGGCCGUGCUGCAGUUCCUGCGGAGGAGCAACCUGCGCGAGUCUGAGGAGAUCCUGCGGCGGGAGGCCCGGCUGCCCGAGCCGCCCGAGCCGCCCGAACGCCCGGCGGACGGCGCCGCCGCCGCCGCCGCCGCCGGGGAGCUGGACGGCCCCGGGCCCGACGCGGCCGCCGCGCUCCUCGGACGGGUCACCGCCUCCGCCGCGGGAGGCCCCAGCGCCCCCGGAGCCCCCGGCGCCGCCCCCGCGCCCCCCGCCGCCCCCAAAGUUGGAAUUGUGCCUGUAGAAGACCAGCCCGAUGUCAGCGCCGUGUUGUCUGCCUAUAACCAGCAAGGGGAUCCGACAAUGUACGAAGAGUACUACAGCGGCCUGAAACAUUUCAUCGAGUGUGCCCUGGACUGUCACCGCGCUGAAUUAUCCCAGUUAUUCUACCCUUUGUUUGUCCACAUGUAUUUGGAGUUGGUCUACAAUCAGCACGAGAGUGAAGCCAAGUCGUUCUUUGAAAAGUUCCAUGGAGAUCAGGAAUGUUACUACCAGGAUGAUCUGCGAGUGUUGUCUGGCCUGACCAAAAAGGAACACAUGAAAGGGAAUGAGACCAUGCUGGACUUCCGCACAAGUAAAUUUGUUCUGCGCAUUUCUCGUGACUCUUACCAGCUCUUGAAGAGGCACCUUCAAGAAAAACAGAACAACCAAAUAUGGAACAUAGUGCAGGAACACCUCUACAUUGACAUCUUUGAUGGGAUGCCUCGAAGUAAGCAGCAGAUCGAUGCUAUGGUGGGAAGUUUGGCAGGGGAAGCCAAACGAGAGGCAAAUAAAGCCAAGGUGUUUUUUGGCUUAUUGAAGGAGCCAGAGUUCGAAGUACCCCUGGAUGAUGAUGAAGAAGGAGACGACAAUGAGGAAGGAAAACCAAAAAAGAAGAAACCUAAAAAAGAUAGCGUAGGAUCCAAGAGCAAAAAACAAGACCCUAAUGCACCACCUCAAAACCGAAUUCCUCUUCCCGAACUUAAAGAUUCUGACAAGCUGGAUAAAAUCAUGAACAUGAAGGAAGCCACAAAGCGUGUGCGUCUUGGUCCAGAGUGCUUACCUUCCGUCUGUUUCUAUACAUUCCUUAAUGCUUAUCAGGGUCUUACUGCGGUGGAUGUUACCGAUGAUUCCAGUCUAAUUGCAGGGGGCUUUGCUGACUCUACUGUCAGGGUGUGGUCCGUGACUCCCAAAAAGCUACGCAGUGUGAAAACAGCCACAGAUCUCAGUCUCAUAGACAAAGAAUCGGAUGAUGUCUUAGAGAGAAUCAUGGAUGAGAAAACCGCAAGUGAGUUGAAGAUUUUGUAUGGUCACAGUGGGCCGGUCUAUGGAGCCAGCUUCAGUCCUGAUAGGAACUACUUACUGUCAUCUUCAGAGGAUGGUACUGUUAGAUUGUGGAGCCUCCAAACUUUCACUUGUCUAGUGGGAUACAAAGGGCAUAACUAUCCAGUGUGGGACACCCAGUUCUCUCCCUACGGAUACUACUUUGUAUCGGGAGGUCAUGACCGAAUAGCUCGGCUAUGGGCUACAGAUCACUACCAGCCUUUACGAAUAUUUGCUGGUCACCUUGCUGAUGUGACCUGCACCAGGUUUCACCCGAAUUCUAACUAUGUUGCUACCGGUUCGGCAGAUAGGACUGUAAGGUUAUGGGAUGUCUUGAAUGGGAACUGCGUAAGGAUCUUUACUGGACACAAGGGACCAAUUCACUCCUUGGCAUUUUCUCCAAAUGGGAGAUUCCUGGCUACCGGAGCUACAGAUGGGCGAGUACUUCUUUGGGACAUUGGACAUGGUUUGAUGGUUGGAGAGCUGAAAGGCCACACGAAUACAGUCUGUGCACUCAAGUUCAGUAGAGAUGGAGAAAUUUUAGCCUCAGGUUCAAUGGAUAACACCGUUCGCAUGUGGGAUGCCGUAAAAGCAUUUGAAGACUUAGAGACCGAUGACUUUACUACAGCAACCGGACAUAUAAACUUGCCUGAAAAUUCACAGGACUUAUUGUUGGGAACAUACAUGACCAAAUCUACCCCCGUUGCACAUCUCCAUUUCACUCGCAGAAACUUGCUCCUAGCUGCAGGAGCUUAUAGUCCGCAAUAAACCAACCCAUAUUAAGACGUUUUGGAAGCCACUCUUUGAAAAAGGGAGAUUUAAAAGUAAAUACCUCAGUGAUUGCCGUAACAUUUAAACCACAAGGAGUGUCUUAUCUCGAUGGAUCCGGAAGUAGGCUGCUUGGAAAAAAAAAAUCUUAACAGGACCACGGAAACGGUCUCAUCUCUCUACAGCGACUGCAUGCUUAUUUUCUAUGAAGAACAGGUGGCAUGGAGGCUGUGGCAGGGAAAAUCUGGUGCUUCACAUUACAUUUGGAAACUAUGCAUUUUCUGCUCAAAUGUCCCGUUCAUUCUUUUGUAAAAGCACUUAACAUUAAUAUUACUUAUUGGUAAUAUUAAUUCAGUUUCACGACUUCGCUGUCAAAAAUGAACUUUUCAAAUGAGUUGAGUCCAAGGGAGAAGGUUCGGAGCCAGAACGCUCCUUGCGUUGGACAGAUGAAGUUUACUGCUUUGCAUCUAAAAAAAAGAUGUGUUGACAGACCGACUGAAUACUGUAAUCGGGUCCUUUCUGAUCAUCGACUUUCCUUGCCUAGAACUACACGAUCCUCACCGUACUAAUCACCUGCGGGUCUCCAAAAGUGCUGAAAUGGUCUGGUGCUCCCCCACCUGAAUCAAACAAAUUGGAGGCUAAUCUUGAUUGCACUCCCCACCUGUGUUUGGUACAUUUCUGCAGGACAGAACCUUACUUAUCAGAUUCAUGGUGCCCUGGGUACUAAACCGGGAUCUGAGCAGUGUAUAUAUACCCAGGGCAGAGUUCAAUGAAAUUCCUUUCAUGCCUUAUCACUUCAUCUGGAACUAAAAGCGGGUCUAGGGUGAAUUAAUAUAUACGAUCGUCUACGAAAUGCCUUCAAACCAUUUGAUUCAAACGAACAGCCUCUCGAGGGGCAGUCUGAGUGUCAAAUAGUCCAGAAUACCUUCGACUAAACUUUGGUUCCAGUAGCAGAUACAACCUAAUACACUUGAAGUCAAUUGUAGACAUUUCAGUUGCUUACCUCCGGAACAGAGCCUCGCUUUGGGAAACCAAAAGCAAAUAUUUAGACAGGCACAAGUCACUGCCAGUUCUGACUGUGUUGCAUUUUGUACAGUUUUUAUAUUUUUUAUAUUUUGUAAAUAAAAACAAACCAUUUUCUCUGAUCAGGUUUUAUUUUGUACACUGAAUGAUGAGUUAUCAGCCUCCGUGAAAACUCGGGACAAGAUAGAACACGUGCAUACCGGAAUCCUGGCAAAAUAAAACACACACAUAUGAACACUUUAAAAAA